GAAGCGGCAGCCGGCCUGCUCGGCUCGGCUCGGCUCGGCUCGGCGGGGCUCGGGCGGGCUCGGCUCGGCUCGGCUCGGUUCGGCCCGGGCGGGCUCCCGCGGCGGGGCGAGGCGGGCGGGCGCCGCCAUGGUUUAAAGGACCGCGGGCUGAGGCGAACGGGCAGGAGCCAUGAACCUGCUCCCGGCCAACCCGCACGGCAACGGGCUGCUCUACGCCGGCUUCAACCAGGACCACGGAUGCUUUGCAUGUGGAAUGGAAAAUGGAUUCCGAGUUUAUAAUGCAGAUCCACUCAAAGAAAAAGAAAAACAAGAGUUUCUAGAAGGUGGUGUUGGCCACGUUGAAAUGUUGUUCCGUUGCAACUACUUGGCACUAGUAGGUGGAGGAAAAAAGCCAAAGUACCCACCUAACAAAGUCAUGAUCUGGGAUGACCUGAAGAAGAAGACUGUCAUUGAGAUAGAGUUUUCUACAGAAGUCAAAGCAGUUAAGCUGCGAAGAGAUAGAAUUGUGGUAGUCUUGGACUCGAUGAUUAAAGUUUUCACUUUCACACACAAUCCCCACCAGCUGCAUGUCUUUGAAACCUGCUACAACCCUAAAGGUCUCUGUGUCCUUUGUCCCAAUAGUAAUAAUUCCCUUCUUGCAUUUCCUGGAACUCACACUGGGCAUGUGCAGAUAGUGGAUCUUGCCAAUACAGAAAAGGCUCCUGUUGACAUCCCAGCACAUGAAGGAGUCUUGAGCUGUAUCGCUUUAAACCUGCAGGGAACAAGAAUUGCAACAGCAUCAGAAAAAGGGACCCUCAUAAGAAUAUUUGAUACUUCAUCAGGGCAUUUAAUCCAGGAGCUACGAAGAGGAUCCCAGGCAGCCAAUAUAUACUGUAUUAACUUCAAUCAGGAUGCUUCCCUCAUCUGCGUGUCCAGCGACCAUGGCACAGUUCACAUCUUUGCUGCAGAAGAUCCUAAAAGAAAUAAACAGUCAAGUUUGGCCUCUGCCAGCUUUCUCCACAAAUACUUCAGCUCCAAAUGGAGUUUUUCCAAAUUUCAGGUUCCCUCAGGCUCUCCGUGCAUUUGUGCCUUUGGAACAGAGCCAAACGCUGUCAUAGCAAUAUGUGCAGAUGGCAGCUACUACAAGUUCUUAUUCAACCAAAAAGGGGAGUGCUCAAGGGACGUCUAUGCUCAGUUUCUAGAAAUGACAGAUGACAAGCUCUGAUGGAGAGCAGGGGGCUCAGCACUGCCUUGGCCAUUCCACAGCUUGGGAAGGACAGUAUAUGAAUGUCCAAUACUGAUCAAGAAGUUUAGCAGACCUCACUGAGAAGCCGGGCCCACCAUUAUCAGAACAAGCUCUGAAGUAGUGGACUACAUAUGUUUAUUCUCAUUUCUGCAAGUAUUCAUCAUUAAAAUCUCUUUGGGUUACUGUCAUCAACUCAAGUUUUCAAGAUGUGGCUUUUCAACAAGCUUGUGCCUAUUGGGUUUCUCUUUAUCUAACCUGUGAAAUGACUUGAGAUUGAAACACGAGUGCCUGCCCCACGGAACAAUCUGCAGGGGCUGUACCAGGGCACAACCAGCCUUAGAAAAAGGGACGUGAAAACAGAAGAUUUUAGGCAUUACUUUACUUCCACUGAAUGGCUGGAAGUGGGGGGGGAAAUAGUAUGGAUCAUGCCAAUAAAACUUCAGCAGCUUUGCUAGGAGCAGGAGUACAGCCUUCCCCCUCCCCUGGGCACAUCUGAAAGUAACAGAGAAGAAAAGGUGACAAGCAUCUAGUCAGACUGUAGCUUGACCCACACUUGUCCUCUGAGCUGGAGGUGGGCCUGUGGGCAGGGGCUGCAGCUCCCCAUGCACUCCUUGUCAAAGGUGCCAAAGUGUACAUAGUGGCUGAAGGCACAUUUGGGCACCAGCUGACCCAGCCAACCUCUCCUGGGUGUGUGGAGCAACCAGCCAGAGCUCCUGUGGGGGCAGAGGUCAUUCCUUCUGUAAACAGCCAUUCCAGGUUUGAAAACCACCCUGGGUCCUGGUGUGACAGCUGUGCUGGCUGCUUCCAGAACACCUCUGCUUAACUGGAGGACUGGACAGGCCACCUGCACCCUAAGUGAAUGAGGUGGCAUGAAGUAUAUGUCUGCAAUGGCUUUAAACUUACAAACUUUUGGGUUUUUUUGUUGUUUGUUUUGUUUGUUGUUUUUUUUAUUAUUAUUAUUUGAGAUGUUGCAUACUAAAUACUGUUGGUGUAGGGACAGUUAGGUUAGACUAAACCAACUGACUUGUAAACUCUUUCCCCAAAAUUGUUACAUGGCAAUUAAUAUUUACUGCUGAACCAAGGCACAAGAUACUAAACUAGAAACUGAAAUAGACACAAGCUCUCCUUUCAUAGCACUAAAAACCUGGGGGAGGGAGGUCUUGCUCUUCUGGAAUUUAAUUUCUUGGAUGCUUCAAAUCUGAGAUGCGAGUUCACUCUGAGAUUAUUUAGCUGCAAACUCUCUAAAUUUGACAAGUUUCUUUUUGUGUCACGUAACAUACUAAGGACUAACUUUGCAGAUUUUGAUGUCAAGGUUGCAUGUUGCUUUUAUGUGUAUUUAAUCACAGAAAUUGUUUUGCACACUUAUUUGUAAUAUGUUAUUUCUUUUAAAUAAAAGUGACUAAUUUUGCUGUA